AUGGUUGUGGUCAAAAAAGUUAAACAAGAAAGUAUCCUACCAUCAGUGUGUGAAGAUGAAGGUGAAAAUGAAGAGGAUUUUAGAGGAAUCGCAAUCAGGCCAGCCAGCAGACCCAGAAGUCUAUACAGCAGAGGGAGUGUGAAUGGCCAACGAUAUUCUACUAAAGAGAAGAAUGAGAAUGAUUAUGUUCUAGAUGAAAGACCACCAUUUGACCCUACAGGCCAUCUUUGCUACAGAGAGGCAUGUAGGAUGCUGAACGUUAUUCCAGUAUCCCACUUCCUUCGAAAUAUCAACCAAAGUGAGCUAAACAUGAUGCAUUGUGGGUUGGGUACACAGGGCAACAAAGCUCUGGCAGUUGCCUUGGAAACCAACACGUCCAUCCUGAAGCUGAAUCUGGGAGAUAAUUCGAUGGAAGGAAUGGGCGGGGCUGACAUUGCUGGCAUGCUCAAAGAGAAUUGUUACAUCACAGAAAUUGAUCUGUCAGAAAACUGGAUGGGUGAGAAUGGAUCCAGGGCUUUGGCUGGCAUCCUGCUGGAAAACACUGUCCUGCUUUCACUCAACCUCUCAGGGAACCAUCUGGAUGAGCAUGCGGCAAGACACCUGGCACCAGCUCUGACAGGCAACCAGAAGCUUCAGCACCUCGACCUGAGCCACAACAAAUUCGGAGAUAUGGCAGGAAAAAUCCUGGGUGCUGCUAUUGCCGAGAACACAGCAAUGAAGUCACUUAAUCUGGCUUGGAAUUGCAUUCGAGGAAAAGCAGCCAUUGCAUUUGCUAAAGGCCUGGGGGGAAAUGUCUUCCUGCGGACCCUGGAUUUGUCGUACAACGGCCUGGGCAAAGAGGGAGCCAUCGCUCUAGAGGAAGCACUCAAACACAACAACACACUUGAGGAUCUGAAUAUUGGGUACUCAAAAAUUGCUUACCUUGAAGGUGCCAUCCAUUUUGCGCUGGGCCUCAAAGUGAACACAACUCCACGAAUUCUCAAAAUGUCUCGGAAUCCAAUGCAGUCAGCAGGGUGCUUCACCAUUCUAAAAUCAGUACAAGUAAACCCAGAAUCUGUGAUAGAGUUCUUGGACUUCACUGACAUCUGCGUGGACCAAGAAUUUGAAGACUUUUUUAACACCAUGAAAGACACACUUCCAAACCUUCAAGUGGAACAUGGUGGGAAAAUAAAGACUGCACCAAAAAAAGUGCUGAACUUUAUUCAAAAACAUGUAAUCUGGACAAUCUACUUGUGCCAUCCAUGUGGUCAGUUAAAGGGUUAAUUCACGCAAAAAAUGGUUUACUCUCAUGUGGUUACAAACCCUAAUGACUUUCUUCCUUCAGUGUAACACAAGAAGAUACAUUUUGAAUAAUGUUGAUGCUGCUCUUUCCCAUACAAUGAAAGUGAAUGGUGACUGAAAUAAUGACAGAAUUUUCAUUUUUGGGUAAACUAUCUCUUUAACUGAAUGCAAAUAUAUUUUUCAACAACCGAAAAUCUAAACAAGGACUUGUAUGUAUCCCAGACCCCUCCACAUGGUUCACUGUAACAUGUUAUUUAGUUGUUCAGCAAAAUUAGAAUUCUUGACCGAAUAAUGAACCCAGCAGUUCAGCUCAUACGCUUACGUCAGGGGAAUCGUCCCCUGGAGGAUUACGUAGAGGACUUUUGCGCUCUGGCCAGCCAGGUGGAUUUUAAUGUGGUCGCCCUCAAGGACAUUUUUAGGGUGGGGUUAAGUGAGCCGAUCUCCUCCUUGAUGCCUGGCGGUCACAGUUCCCUCAGCCUGGCUCAAUAUAUCGACCUCGCCCUACGAAUCAUUGGUUUCACGUUCACUAUGGGGGAGGCGGACGCCGAGCCAGAGUUCCAUGACAUGGCAUGUCACAGCAAUGCCUCAGCCUGCUCCAUGCCACGUCACAGCCACACCUGAGCAGUUGGACCUGGAGAUGGUUCCAACCCUUAUACCCACCCUUAGUUUUCCUGAGCAGGCAAGGGGAACUUUCGGCCCUCCGACCCCGCCUGGACACUCCGAGCCCUUGAUUUCGCCUUGACCUGUCGGUCCCUCGACAUUGCCUCAGCUCUACGUUCCCUCGGCUCCACUGCGGUCCUUCAGCCUGUCGGCUUUGCCAGGGUCCCUCGUCCCUCCGGCUCCUCUUUGGUCUGUCGGUCACCUGGCUCUGCCUUGGCUCUCCGAUCCUCUGGCUGCGCCUCGUUCCUCCGAUCUGUCAGCUCCACCGGGGACCUCCUUCCCUACGGCUCCACCUUGGUCCUCAGUCCCACUGGCUCCACCUCAAUCUUCCAGUCCCCCAGCUCCGCCUUGCUCCUCCGAGCCUCCAGCACUGCCUUGGUCCUCCCUGCCAUCGGCUCCACCCUAGCCCUUCGACUCUUCAGCUACUCUCCGGGCACCAAGUUCCAUGGCUCCGCUCCUCGAGCCUCUCAUGGCUCCACCCUGGUUCCAUGCCCCUCACCCUUUCUCGCCACACCCCACGCCUCAAGACCCCCCCCCCAGCACUUUGAAUUUAUGUCAUGUUUUACAUGUUUUGUUUAUGUGUUGGGGCGUCAGGAGCCGCCCCUUAGUGGGGGGGAUAUGUCAUGUGUAUUUUGUUGAUUCAUGUCUUUUAUUUUGAAAAGUUUAGUUUCCUGUUCCCUUGUCAUGUGAUUUCAUGUUUUCCCUCCAUGUUCAUGUGUCAUGUUUUCAUUGGUUUAUUUUUUAGUUAGCUUGUUAUCAGUUCUGUUUGUUCAUUGGUUUAUGUUCUCCCAUGUCUUGUAUUUAAGCCCUCAUGUUCACCAUUGUCUA